GUUCUGACCCUCUGGUGAUGACCAAUCAGAGGAGAGCCCUAGCAGACCACCUAACAGACCCACAGGAAACUACAGCUCACAGAAGCCCCUACUGCCCUGCCCCCAGACCUGCACAGCCAACCAGGACUGGGGACACACCCUAAAAAGGAGAACGUGGGUUGUGGUCAGGGACGGGGGGGUGGGGAGGGCAGGGGGCAGGAGCCGGAGGUUGAGGUCAAGGGUCACGGCUGAGAGAGAGCCCCCUCCUCCUACCCCCCUCCCCCCCGCCACACACCCCUCCACCCCCCUUUACUGAUGCUGCUCCCAGCUCCACUCACUUCCUCCUCUUGGUCACACCAUGGUCACAUGACAGGAAGUGAUGCACGCUGGAGCCCUGUUUCUACUUCCUGUUUUCACAACAAGUCUCUUUUGAUCAACCUACACACCUGGAGGACACCUAAACUCACCUGCACCUGAGGUGUGUGUGUGCGUGCAGGUGUUUGCGAGGCGCGGCGACCAUGCUGGCUUGCGGCCGCGUGCGCCGGCUGUUCCGUCAGCUGACCCUCCAGACCAGCCUGCUCCUCCUCUUCCUCUUCUGCAUGGUCAGCGUGCUGGUCUCCGCCUACUUUUUGUACGCCGCCCGGGGAGGGCUGGAGCCGGCGGGGGGGGUGGAGGACGGCGGUGCGGGGGAGGGCAGGGGCACCCCAGGCUGGGAGGGUGAGGAUAGAGGAGGAGGGGCUGCUGCCACCCCCACCGCGCCACCUUCCUCCUCGCUGGGACGCCCGGUUCGCCCCUCUGACUCCGCCCGGACCGAGGCCGUGGUCCUGGUGUUUGUGGAGAGCCAGUACUCCCAGCUGGGACAGGACAUCGUGGCCAUCCUGGAAUCCGGAAGGUUCCGUUACCGGACGGAGAUCGCCCCUGGUAAGGGGGACAUGCCCACGUUAACGGACGGGGAACGGGGGAGGUUCACGCUGGUCGUUUACGAGAACAUUCUAAAGUACGUGAACCUGGAUGCCUGGAACCGAGAGCUGCUGGACAAGUACUGUGUGGAGUAUGGAGUGGGAAUCAUAGGGUUCUUUAAGGCCAAUGAGAACAGCCUGCCGAGCGCCCAGCUGAAGGGCUUCCCCCUCUUCCUCCACUCCAACCUGGCGCUGCGCGACUGCUCAGUCAACCCGCGCUCCCCGCUCCUCCUCAUCACGCGGGGGGGCCAGACCCAGCGGGGGCCCCUCCCUGGUGACGACUGGACCGUUUUCCAGUCCAACCAUUCCACCUACGAGCCCGUGCUGCUCGCCCGGUCCCGGGACCCCGUCCGCGACCCGGCCCCGCCUCUGGCCUCCGGGGUGGGGGCCCCCUUGCACGCGUCCGUGGUCCAGGACCUGGGUCUCCACGACGGCAUCCAGAGGGUUCUGUUCGGGAACAACCUGAACUUCUGGCUGCACAAGCUGGUGUUUGUGGAUGCGCUGGCGUUCCUCACGGGCAAGAGGCUGGCACUGGCGCUGGAGCGCCACCUGCUGGUGGACAUAGACGACAUCUUCGUGGGCAAGGAGGGCACGCGCAUGAAGGUGGACGACGUCAAGGCUCUCCUAGAGACCCAGCAGGAGUUGAGAGCCUUCGUCCCCAACUUCACCUUCAACCUGGGCUUUUCCGGAAAGUUUUUCCAUGCCGGUACGGAGGAGGAGGACCAGGGAGAUGACCUCCUGCUGUCCUAUGGGAAACACUUCUGGUGGUUCCCUCACAUGUGGAGUCACAUGCAGCCUCACCUCUUCCACAACCACACCGUGCUGGCCGAGCAGAUGCUGCUCAACAAGAAGUUUGCUGUGGAGCAUGGUAUCCCCACCACCAUGGGCUAUGCCGUGGCCCCCCACCACUCGGGGGUGUACCCGGUGCACCUGCAGCUAUACGAAGCAUGGAGGAGAGUGUGGGGCAUCAGGGUGACCAGCACGGAGGAAUACCCCCACCUCAAACCUGCCCGCCACCGACGAGGCUUCAUACACAGGGACAUCAGCGUGCUGCCCAGGCAGACGUGUGGUCUGUUCACACACACCAUUUUCCAGAGUGAGUACCCCGGAGGCCCUCAGGAGCUGGACAAGCUCAUCAACGGAGGAGAGCUGUUCCUCACAGUGCUGCUCAACCCUAUCAGCAUCUUCAUGACACACCUGAGUAACUAUGGGAACGACCGUCUGGGGCUCUACACCUUUAAGAAGCUGGUGGCGUUCACCCAGACCUGGACACACUUGCGACUACAGACCCUGGCUCCUGUCCAGCUGGCACACAAAUAUUUCAGCAUCUUCCCCCAGGACAAGGAUCCCAUCUGGCAGGACCCCUGUGAGGACAAGAGGCACAAGGACAUCUGGUCCAAGGAAAAGACCUGCGACCGGUUUCCCAAGCUGCUUAUUAUUGGUCCACAGAAGACUGGAACCACAGCCCUGUACCUGUUCCUAGGCAUGCACCCAGACCUCACCAGUAACUACCCCAGCAAAGAGACCUUUGAAGAGAUCCAGUUCUUCAGCGGACACAACUACCAGCGAGGCAUCGACUGGUACAUGGAGUACUUCCCGCUGCCAUCCAACACCAGCUCAGACUACUAUUAUGAGAAGAGCGCCAACUACUUUGACUCUGAGGUGGCAGCGAGCCGGGCUGCGGCCCUCCUGCCCAAGGCCAAGAUCAUCACCAUCCUCAUCAACCCCGCCGACCGUGCUUACUCUUGGUACCAGCACCAACGAGCCCAUGAUGACCCUGUCGCCCUGAAGCACACCUUCCAUGAUGUCAUCACCGCGGGACGCGAUGCCCCCAUCAAGCUGCGUGUGCUGCAGAGUCGCUGUCUGGUGCCGGGCUGGUACGCCACACACCUGGGCCGCUGGCUCAGCCACUACCACUCCAGCCAGAUCCUGGUUUUGGACGGGCAGGUUCUAAGGUCGGAGCCAGCUGCUGUGAUGGACAAGAUCCAGAAGUUUCUGGGUCUGACCAACACACUCAACUACCACAAGAUCCUGGCGUUCGACCCUAAGAAGGGGUUCUGGUGUCAGCUGAUGGAUGGGGGGAAGACUAAGUGUCUGGGGAAGAGUAAGGGCCGCAGGUACCCCGACAUGGACGCAGAUUCGCGCUCCUUCCUGAGGGAUCACUACAGAGACCACAACAUAGAGCUGUCCAAGCUGCUCUACAAGAUGGGGCAGCCACUUCCGGUUUGGCUGAGGGAGGAACUGCUGCACAGCAGGUAGCCCAGGCAGGGUGGGGGACGGCGGGGGGCCCCAAGACACCCUGAACCAGGGCGGGGGGGGUGGCACCAGGACACCCCCAGCCUCGCCCUCCUCUCCAGGGAGCAGACAGAGGUGAGAGCAGAUUUGUGGACUGAGGCAUCACUGCUGCCAGAGAGCCUCUGCUGCUGCCCGCAACAUGGUCUGUGGGGGGGGGGGGGGGGGGGGGGGGAACACUGUCUGUUGAUAGGAGAAGUGAAAAGACUCAAUGACUCCUUGUCCCGUCAAACACACACACAGUCUCUCUCUGCAUCGUGUGAAGGAGAGAGGAAUUCAUAUCUCUGUGCCAGUUAUGAGGACACUUUAGCCAAACGUGGAGGCGCCAGAGGGGAAUGUCUCAUCUGAAACAUCCUAACUGUUGGAUGACCUUGAUUGACUCUCGCUCUGCUGGAUGUAACUCAACAACUUUGAGGCCCACAUGGCCUGGGUUCUGGUUCUGGGAUGACCGAGACACUGGCCAUUCCUGUAGGUUCUGAUUAUGGGAUAACCAUGCAUUGUUUACUGAUCUUUGAGGCUCACAAUGGCCCUUUGCUCCUGUUCCUCCUCUUCCUUUACCUGGAGACACCUGGGAAACCCUCCCACUCUUUAGUUACCAUGGCUAACGCGGGCCACAACUCAGAGGCUUAGAUCAGCGUUCAUGUUAGCAUCAGAGUUAGUGUUUGCAUCAGAGAUAGUGUUAGCAUCAGAGAUAGCGUUAGCAUCAAAGUUAGCGUUAGCAUCAAAGUGAGCACUAGCUUCAGCAUUGGCACCAGAGUUAGCAUCAGAGUUACCGUUAGUGGCUGAUAGGCUCUGUGGAGAACAGGAGUGGUUAUAAUGUACUGGCUACAGAGGCAGGUGGGCUUUAUCUGAGCCAGUGGAAUGUUCCAGGUGCUUGGUGAUGCUUGCUACUGCCUUAAUGAUGUAUCCAUACCAGUCCCUCCUCCUAUAAGCCUCUGUGACAGUUGCCUGCUAUGGAGUCAAACUGGACAAACACACACACGAUAGACACACAUUAGGUAUAUUUUUGGGAUGCAACAUGCAUGAUUACACAGCCUUAAAGGUGAUGACAGCAACUUGGAGGAUGCACCAUCACCAUCAUCCCUGAAUCAGAGUCAUGCUGGUUCUGAUUCUGUCCUGUUGUCAAAGGGGAGGCGUCAUAGUGACAUCACAACUGUUGCUCCCCCUACCAGGGAUGAUGGGGAGGGAGGGAUGGAGUGAGAACGAAGGAUUGGGUGACAGAGAAAGAAGAAUGGAGUGAGAGAGAGAAAGCUAUCCGAAUGACACUGCUGACUCAAAAACAAGGAUUGUUCAACAUACUUCAACUGGAAUGUCAAUAUAAACUCUGGAAUAAGGAGAUGACCCUUCAUAUCCACCUCAGUUCUGGAAAAUUCUCUGAGAGAAAAAUAGAGAGAGAGAGCACUUUAAAUUUCUCAACUUUUAUUUGUCACGGCCGGACGAUGCUUUUGUACCCACGUCCACAUGUAAAGGAUGUGGUAAUAGCUCAUGUUCAAUCAACAGGGGACCUAUUCUGCUGGUGUAGCGUAAAACCCAGAAUACUGCACCAUUCUGCUGGUGUUCCUACUGGGGAAAAACAACAGAUAUAGAUGAGUAUAUUGCCAUAGGAUUACGUUCACAGAAACGAUGCGAGACAUUUUACAACUAAUGUUUCUGGAUAUUUUUAGCGUGUUAUUAAAUUUACAAUACGUCAAAUUGUGUGUGUAAUACCUCACAUAUCGUUGCAUUGUUUCUUGAGAGACACACUCUGCUCCAGCAACAUAGGGCCCCUUGUUCAACCAGAAGCACAAUAUUUAUUUCACCACUAGGGGCACUGUCCCCCUGGACUGCUCAGACCAGUCUUAACAGAAAUGGGCUUGGUAAAGGCCAGGGGUGCUGGGGGCAAUGUGGGUGGGGGGUACAGUCUCCAAAUAAGCUGUAUGGUAAAAGGUACAAGGUCACACACACAGAGGCAUGCAAGCAUGAACACAUUCUUAACAUGCUGGCUAGUCUGUCCUGGGAGUCAUAACGGACCAGGUCUUCAGCAUUACCAGCUCCUGUUGAGCGAUGCAAUAUUCUUCCCAUAAACCCCCACACACGUACUAGCACCCCAGCCACAUCGACCUUCCUCAUCAACACCACACACACACACAUACUAACACCCUCUUCCACCUUCCUUGUCAACUCCCCCAUACACACACACCCACUGCCAAUGCCGUGCUCUUGGACGCAGUCUGAUUGUCAGAUAUGAUUAGUAGUGACUCUCAUUGAUUAAUGUUAUAUAAUAAUCACCAUCAUCCAAACUGUACAAUCAAUCUAUUGUUGUUAAUACCUUUUUUAUUGUUGGUAGCUAAUAUUUUUGUGAUUUUAAUUUACAAAUAAAGAAACCACUGUCUUUUUAAUCA